CAUCCUCGGGGAACACACACACACACACACGCACACACACUCUCACUCUCUGUGUCACGCGCACACGCACGGGCUCAUAUAGGAGGAGGCUCCCAGCAGAGCAGCGGGCAGUGAACGGCGGAGCGCGCACCGGACCAGCUCGUUAACUUGUCCCUUCCUUCCUCAUUCUCGGGCAUCUGCAGCCACAAACCGGACUACCGGGCAGACUACCGGCCACAGAGAGCCUCCACCGGCACAGCAGACAGCCUCAGACCGCUCGUCAUCGUCUGUUUGACUCCGGAGACUGCGGAUUUUAUCCUUCAUCUCUUCCCGUGGAUACCGAGAGUGCGCACCGCCUCCCCGACACACGCAAAGUGUCCAGACAUUAAGUCUGCUCAUAUUUAUUUUACAGCUGGGAAAUAAAAGCCUGUGUCCGUGUGUCGGUCCCGCUGUCUUCUCUACACCCCCCUCCGGUUUAACUGCACCGGUCAGACUUGGAAAGAGCAACAGCCUCCACCGGCGCAUCAGUGAGGUAGAAAAGCCCUACAUCAAGCUGCAGCCAUGGAUGAGAUGGACCUGCCCCAGAUGAAGAAGGAGGUGGAGAGCCUCAAGUACCAGCUGGCCUUCAAACGAGAGAAGUCCUCCAAAACAGUGACUGAUUUGGUAAAGUGGAUAGAGGACGGCGUCCCAGAGGACCCCUUCCUGAACCCAGAGCUGAUGAAGAACAACCCGUGGGUGGAGAAAGGGAAGUGCAUCCUUCUCUAGAAGAAAACCCAUCAUCCCACCACGACCUUCAGCUCCAACCAUGCUGACCCCCACACACCUACAGAUGACCCCUGAAGGACAGCGCCUCCUAACCUCUCACCGUGAAUGUACAACCGCUGAUGUCCCCGAAACACACACUCCAACAAGGGCAUAGAAACACACACUGACAGAGACACACACUCCAAACUUUGGGUUUGUCCCUGACUGCCACACGUUCACUGCAAGUUUUAUUCCUGCCACGGCAUCGUUACUAUGAUAUAUGAGGAUGAUGAUGAUCAGUACUGCUAUUACAUGUCUCUGUAUGAUAUAUGAUGACUUAUUUAUGCAGCUGCCAGUCACACGCUUUCUACUCUUCUUCUUCUUCUUCCAUUUCUGAUGAGUUGUAAUAAACUGUCGUCACGUUCUCACUGCUAGACUGACUCCAGAUCUGCUGGAGGAAUUCUGUUCAACACUGAGAUUAGGGUUGCAGCGAUAUACCGGUUUCAAGGUAUAUCAUAAUAUAAAAGUUGAUGGUUAUCAUACCGUGUACUUUAUCUGGGAUACUGGAAAACAAAGAAUCUUAACUUUAUUUUAGUUAUUUUUUGACUUCUUAAACAAACUUACGAUAACAAAGUGGUUCCAAGUUUUAAUUGAAGUAAUAAAACGUUUGUUCAACCAAAAACAAUCCUUACAUUUUCAUUAUUUAAAUGGUCAUUCUGACUGUUAAUAAUAUAAAUUCUGUGAUACCGCGAUAUUUUCUGAGACGGUUAUCGUACCGUGAAAAUCUCAUACCGCUGCAACCCUAACGGAGCAACCACUUUCCCUUACAAAAAAAACAACGAUAAAAGAUUUCGUACUUUUUGAUUGAACGUUAGUAGCGCAGGUCUGUGGUCGACAAAUAACUUCAUUAUCACCUCGUUAAAACUAAACAGUCCCUAAGAUUCUACAGUUAUUUAUAAUUAAAUGAAGAUCAUUGAUUUACUUUUACAGGCCCCAAAUUUAGAAAUCCAUAAAUUAUAAAUCUAAAAAGUUAGUAAUGCACCUAACAAAUACAUAAGCCCGACAUGUAAAGGACAUUAAAGGGAUCGUUCAGAUGUUUUGAAGUGUAUUAGGUAUUUAUUCACAGUAGGUGUAAUAUCUGCAGCAGAUGGCAGUCAGCACGCCCCCAGUGUGGAGUACUGACACAGACGCUAAGCAACGUACCGCUGUGCACGACGGCAGCAGCAAAAUAUGUUUUAGCUACCUAAAAAAAAUCGCUAUCAGUUUAAGCGUACGCUAUAUUGAGAAUAUUUUAGACAGCACUUGCAGACAGGGGAACUAAAACCUUUACAUCACCAGACUCCAUCGACAAAAACAGUAAUUUGCCUCGCAGAACACGGGAGUUGCUGAUCUACCGCUGCUUCGAUCGGUUAGGUCGUGUUAUAAUCCUUUAUAUUAUCUUUAUGUAUAAAACAGAGUUACAAAGUGCUUUACAUGUCAGUGAUUGAAACAGACGAGACAUGAAAACAACAACUGAUAAAAACACUGUGGUAUGUCAAAACUGAGGGAAUAAAAGACAGUUUAAAUGAACGUAAAACUUAAGUUGAAUCAGAAAAGGCUCUCCGAUAAAAGUUUGAUUUAAGAACGGACCAAAAAGAGAUCACUGACUCGGCCAGACCUGAUUCCCUAGAGCAGAUUGUUCCGGAGCCUCGGGGCCCUGACAGCAAACACUCUGUCCCCUUUAGUUUUCAGCCUCUGGAACAGACAAAGACCUCAAAAUACGUCCUGGCGUGUACGGCACUAACGCCGGAAUUCCACUGGAUGCGUGUCCGCUGCAGAACGACUGCGCUGGUUAUCCGCUGCGUGCUCCGCCGUCCGUCAACUGGCUGCUUUUGCUGUGCGGAGUCACAAGGACCCACGAGAUAUCGUGAAUUCACGCAUAAUCGCGCGAUAUAACAAGAUGUCGUUUCUAUAAACAGAACCACAAAACCAGAGGAGUAGUAGGAAGACAUCUGGGUGCACCUCCAUGAUUAACGUCUCCUCGUCCAUGGUGUCAACGAGGUGAAAUGACGUCUGGAAGCCUCUGACCUGUUGACUUCAGGCCUGCCUCCACCCAUUAUGACGUUUUCAAGCUCCUGUGUUGUGCAACGUAAAAUUGCAGAUUUUGUCAAAGGAGUCUGGUGGCUUAGAAGACAGCAAAAAUAACGGCUUCAGUUCUGCUUUAGAAAAUGCUGUUGGACGGCAAAGUAAAGUGGUAGAAAUAUUCUAAAUACAGCAUACACUUAAACUGAUAAAGAUUUUUAGGUGGCGAAAAUAUGUUUUGUUGCUGCCUCUGUCCACAGCAGUACAUUAUUUAGCUUCUGUGUCCUGUCUGCUUCUCCAAACUGGAGGCGUGCUGACUGAAAUCUACUGUAGGUAAUACACUUUAACUUUAAUGAUGUUAACCACACACUUAGUCAACAAAUUAUGCCACUGUUACAGAUUUUUGAAGAUCACAAAGAUGAGCAGCUUUCUCACACAAGGCAUUUGAUCUGGUCCUCUUGUAAAUGCUGCCAUGAGAACACCAACCAACUCUAGGCAAUUAUACAACUUUGGAACAACAUGAGUCCCUGAUUCAGACCAGAGGAGACCACUCUCGGGCUGACAGCAGCCUGAGACACACAAACAGGGGAAAAUAUGGUCCAGGUUUAAAAAAUACCGAAGUUUGGAAACGUCACCACGACGGCAAAGUUGUGUUUUUUUAGCUUUCACUGUAUCUUCCCAGUGUGACUCCUGCAGUUUUCAUAUAUGGUAGCAUGGUUAUAUCGCAUUCUGCACAUCUGCAGCCAGUGUUGUUUUUGCUUCGGUGUCAUUAGGUCAGAAAGUUUCAUAGCAGCUCUGUUUGUGUUGUCGGAGCAGAAUGAAGCUGUGGGUCUCUGGGGGACGGCUUCAGUUUACUGCUCCUGCUCCUCCAUAGCUACAGCCCCUUAGGACAACACACACACACUCCUAACAUCAAACAAACCAUGCACACACACACACACCAUCUCUCUCCACACAUGUACAGACGGACCCCUUUAACUUAUUAACUUAUUGGUCAAUGCUUGGGUUAUUUAUUUAUUUAUUUAUUGAUGACUCUCACCUUAGUUUUGUGUCUUAUGUCUGCACCCUCAUCCCCCAACUCGUAAGAAAAAAAAAGACCAAAAAAAAAAAAAAGACUACACCUUGCCAGAUCACCAUCUACUACUGCCUUGUACACAGUUUCCUUAAAACGAGAAUGUAAAUAUGUGGCAUGAUAACCACUGACCUCAGAACAGGCCUGUGUGUGCGUGCACGUGACUCUAAUUGUGUGCUUAUGUGUAUUUAUUUUUAAAGUGCAUAAAUUCAGCUCCCUUCUGGAUUGCGACAUACUGUACAUGCACACACAUGCAGUUGGUAACACACACAUGCAGUUGGUAACACACACAUGCGCACACACACACACACACACACACACACACACACACACAGGCAGGCCUGAGGCUGAGCAGACACACACACACACACACACUGCUUAUUGAGAAUGUGUAUGAGCGGAGGAGUGGCAAGGAUGUGGGAUUCUCUAAAUGACUUGGGACAGGGGAGCCUCACAUCGUCUCAGUACUGUAAUGAGUCUCAUUAUAAACAUUUUCUUCAAGAUGACCCGGCUCCCUGAAGGCUGCUCAGUGCUCCGAUGACUCUGGUCCUAUAACGUGUAACUGCUAUUUAAUUUUCCUCUUUUUUUAAACUCGACAAAUAUAUCCAUGACGUGCUAAUAAAUUGUUUAUGUUUUUAUCAAACACGCUUGCAUCUAUCUUAACCUGCACCUCUUCCUUUCUGUAAAACAUGUACGACAAGAUUUCAUCCACUCCAACCUGCUCUCGUUCCCACGGCGUCAAAUACGGCAGCCUGGUCAGUGGCUCUCGGCUUCUGUUAGCAACGUACAAAACACCCUCACAGUGUCUGUUUACGAUGCCACGGGCUUUCAGCUAACUCCAAUGUCAGUGGCAAUAACGUAGAACUAAGGGGAUGAUCACACAGAAAUGUGACGCUAGAGACGCGGACGCUUUAAAGAUGCUUGAAAUGCUGGAAGCGCUUAUUCAAUGCGCACUAGCUACUGGCGUCUGACGCUCAAAAAAGUUGAAAAUAUUUUAACUUUUCAGCGUCUACGCGCGUCUAAAAAGACGUCGGAAAAACCCCUGUCUAAAAAGACGCUUGAACGCCAGUCAGACGCGCCGUAUCAUAGGAAAACAAUGGUUUUACUGGCGUCACAUUUCUAGCGUUUCAUCUCGGUGUGAUCGCCCCCUAAGAGCGUCUGAGUACGCAGGCAGGGAGGGGUGGUGGAUGGUUCAAACACACGCCAGACUUCACCCAGAGAUUGGUAUUAGUGUCCCAUGUAAAACCAAAAGUUUGGUUUUCUAAACCAAACUGCGUAGUUUUGUUACUUAACGUUAAGUAGUUUUGAUGGAGAAACCAAAAGUCACUGUCGCAUGUAACGAACGAAAACUGACACUAGCGCAUCAAGGUUUGAAGCGUAUGCCCACUGACCGUGUGCUGCUGUCUGACAGGUUGGGAGUGAGAGCGUGUUGUCCAAACUUAGUAACAUGUUUCAGAUUUAUUCAGAUACUUUUUGGGGGAACAAAAUAAAAACUGCUAAUGUAAAAUUGUAGCUGAAGUGAAAGCCAGUGAAUUUAGGAUGUCCAGUACAACAAUAAGCCGACCUGGUUGCCAGUAUAAAUGUUGGCAUUGUACGUUACUGCAAACCAGGGAUACCUUAUAUCUGCGUGUUAUUAUGUAGUGGAUGUGUUAAAACAUUUUGUUUCAAAAACACAUUGGUAAAAACAAUCGUUUCUGGGGCACCACUCUCGCUAGAAAUGCAGCUAUGUCUCUGUGAAAAGAAAAAGCUGUUUGUGGCACGAUACCUGCUGGAAAUGUGACGAUAUCUGUGUACAAAAGAACCUGUUUCCUGGCACUAUCUCCACUAGAAAUACAGUGAUAUCUCUGCAAAAACAACUGUUUUUCAUGGCACUGUGCACACUGGAAAUGCAGUGAUGUCUUGGUAAAAAAGAAAUACUUUUUGUGGCACUAUCUCUGCUGAAAAUGCUGCAAUCUCGAUAAAAAAGAAGAGCUUUUUGUAGCACUAUCCUUGCUGGAAAUGCAGCUAUGUCUGGAUGAAAACAACCGCUUUUUGGGCACUGGCCAUGUCUUGGUAAAAACAAAAUGCUUUUUGUGGCACCACCCGCGCUAUAAAUGCAGUUAUGUCUCUGUGAAACGAAAAAGCUGUUUGUGGCACGAUACCUGCUGGAAAUGCAGCAAUUUUGAAAAAAGAAGAAAAGCUUUCUGUGGCACUAUCAACACUGGAUAUGCAGCAGUGUCUCUGUAAAAUCAACUGCUUUUCGUGGUACAAUCACCACUGGAAAUGCAAUGAUUUCUUAGUAAAAUAAGAACAGCUUUUCAUGGCACUGUCCCCACUGCUGGAAACACAGCCAUGUUUCUUUAAAAAAGAACAGCUUUUUGUGGCACUAUCUCCGCUGGAAAGCCAGCAACGAGUCACUAAAAACACCCACAUUUUGGAGCGAUUAAACCGCUGGAAAAACAACCAUGUUUGGGUGCAGGUGGUUUUUGCAGUCGCCUCCAGCUUGGCAGGCAUCUCGCCUAGCUGUCACGCCAUCCAGCAGCUCCUCCACCUCCAGGUGAAAGUCAGCUCAUAUAUUAUGCCACUUUUAAAAAGAUAUGAUGCAUAUGAAACAUGCAAUAUAACGUGUUCAUGGUUUGCAGAAACGUACAAUGCCAACAUUUUCCUCUGGCGACUGGGCUGCGAUGCAUAUAUGCAACAUGACGACUCCACAUGGAGUCAGUUCAGAAGCUCCACAGUUCACUGGCAUGUACAGUAUGCACCUCCCUUAUUAUGUUUUAUUUCAUUUGAUUUGAUUUUAAUAGUUUAGGUGUUGGAAAGUACAAUGUGUGUUAACUAGUUGACAGAAUGAUACUAAAGCUUUGCGUUAAACUAUAGCCUUGUUACUUCAUGAUAAAUGCAUGUAGGGGGACUUCUGAAACGGUUUCCACGGUACGAAGAACUGAAGUCUUGAGCUGCAUGUUUGUAGCUUUUCCAAUGUUGGGCUCGAGUUUAUUCCCUUUUCCAACAUGAUUUUACAACUCAAAGGUUUAACACUUGUUUUUGCUCUUACAACACCACUGGAAAAGCAACAAACACUGUCGGCUACAGUCUUACAGCAGCUCCAGAAGUAUGUGAGAGGAUUCCUGAGUCAGCCUGUCCCUUGUCUGUUUUUCUGUUCAGCAACUGUAACUUUAUUUGUUUGGUUUGUUUUUAUAUAAUCUGAACGUGCGUACGUAUGUAUGUUAUUACUAUUAUAAUGACAGCAUAAAACCUUGUCUAAAUAUCUAGCAACAUAUUCCUUGUGAGAGUGCUUUGGAAAAAAAAUAUUAUGCAUCAGAUCAAGUCCUAGUGUAAAGAUGACAAUGAGCAAUAAAUUAAAGAUCAUUUUUUAUUGAAUGUUUUAC